AGACAUCAUACAAAUCCAGUGGGCACAGAGUGGAGGUGGAAGAUGGACCAAGCUGAAAUGAUCUUGCAGGAGGCUAUUGAGAACCAUCAGAAUAUGAUUAAGCAGUUCCAAGGUAGGACCUGAGUUCAAAAUCGUCACUUACAUUCACCUUGAAAAAAGCCACGUGCUGUUUCAGAUGAUGACUGGGUUUGCCUGCAGUUUGUGAUGGAGCACAGGCAGAGUGAUGGACUAGAUUGCGUUGUUGAAGAGGGAGAGAGUGUAGAGGGAAGAUGGAUUGCAGCUGGGCUCCGUGGGCUGCUCCAAUGACACCGGUCAAGUUUCCAGCUGGGUGCUGUGCACAUCUGCCAAGGAGUUUGAAUGCUGAUCCCAGUGUAGAGCAGAGAAUUUGAGCUGCUGGAGAAGAAAAGCAUGGGGAAAAUGUCUUCGUCUUCAUGGCUCUUGAGUCUGGAGUGGCAGGAGUAAAAGCAGAUCGUUUUGAGGAAGCAAUGACAGCAAAGCACUGCGCGCUGUCACUGGUGGGAGAGCCCAUCAUGUACCCGGAGAUCAACCGCUUCCUGAAGCUCCUGCACCAGCACAAUAUCUCCAGCUUCGUGCACAGCCCUGGCACUCUCCAGUGCUGCUGCCUGCUGCUGCUCCCUGGUGUCAAUGCUGCUUCUUGCUCUCUCGCCAGGGAUCUCCGCAGGGCAAAUGACCAUACUGUCUGCUGGAGACAGGUACCAUCAGCAGUACUUCGUCUGCAGCAACGCCCUGGAUGAAGUUAUGAAGGCCCAAAACCUUGCGGUUACAAGUGAAGUGAUUGUCUCGCCCACCUGCUGGGAGCUGUGUGAACAGGAACAGAUCCAGACCAGGCUUCUUGGUGGCAAACGGGUUCUGAAGGUUCAGAGGACGGAGCACAUGUCUGGAUCAGAACGCGAAGAUGCUGCAGGCCAGUUUGACCAACACGCGAAGAUGCGGCGUUUGGAAAGGCUAAGGCACCAAAGGCCACCUUUUCACGUGUCCAAUGAUCCUAAAGCGGCAGCAAAGAUGCAGAAGUACAUACCAGAAGCUGCUCUCAGGAAGCUGGACGUGGAUAUGCCGCUGCACCUGUGGUCUGAGCUACGGCCAGUCACCAGCCUCUUUAUCCAGCUGCGGUUUUCUGCAAAUGCCGACAUACUGGAUCUUCAGAGGGGCCUCUGUGAUGCCACCAGGAUGAUUUCAACAAUCAUCAGUCCUCACAAGGGCGAAAUCAACAAAAGCCUUCUGUUUGAUAAGGGCUGCACAUUCCUCUGUGUGUUCGGAAUGUCUGGAGCAAAGCUGCAUCACGAGAGCACCCAUGCCUUGGACAGCGCUCUUCAGAUCUUCAGCACGUGCUCCACGUCGUUGAGGAAUCUUGAGGCAAUGUCUAUUGGGGUCACCAGCGGGACGAUGUUCUGCGGCCUCUGUGGCCAUCCGGAGAGGGCUGAACAUACAGUGAUUGGCCAUAAGGCGAAUUUGGGUGCCCGCUUGAUGGUGCACUACCCCAGGCUGGUGUCCUGUGAUGAAGACACCUACAAGGCUUCUCGCCUGCCCAGUUACCUCUUCAAGGAGUUGCCGAAGACAGCGUUGAAAGGUGUUACAGAUCCCGGCCCUGUCUAUCAAUAUGUGGGGAUCACUGACAAGUGCAUCUUUGACACGGAUCGUACCAAGAGGUCAGACUGUGGCCCCUUGCUGGGUUGGGAGGUGGAGAUUGACCUCUUUGAACGCAGCUUGAAGGCCUACGAGACUUUGGGACAGCUGCGCAUCCUGGCGUAUGCAGGCAUUCUGGGCUCUGGAAAGAGCCGCUUACUUACUGAGCUGGCCUUUCUGGGCCAGGCCACUGGGCACAGGGUUGUCACCAUGGAACUGACCGAGGCCAACAUGAGGCAGCACUUCUCUGCCAUCCGUAUGCUGGUGGCCAGGGCCCUGGGACUGCAGGCAGGUGAAACGUGCGAGGACUGGCAGCGCACCCUGCAGGCCAAGCUCCAAGGGGUGAUAGAAGAGAGCAGAUAUUGCCUCCUCAACAACAUUUUCCUCGUCAAGUUUGCCAUCUCAGACAAGGUUCGCCAGAUGCGUGACCUUCAAAUGAAAAGGGAGUUGCAGAAGACUUGUAAGAAAGUGCUACAGAAGACCCUUGGAGGAGAAUUUGGCAUAUUUGUCAUCGACAACGCCCACUUCAUCGACCCUGCCUCCUGGACUGUCAUGUGGCCCGUGCUCCAAAGCGUCACGCUCUUUAUGGUGAUGAGCUUAGCUCCUGGCCACGAGAGAACGGAGAGCUUUUUCAAAGCUGCAGCAGACAGCACAACGUCCCAGAGAAUCAGCUGUCUUCAUCUGGAAGAGCUGAAACCUGCAGCUGUGGUGCAGAAAGUCUGCCAGGACCUUGGAGUGGUCAGCAUCCCCAGGGAUCUAGCAAGGUUCCUGAUCCAAAGAAGCUCUGGCAUCCCAUAUUACUGUGAGGAACUGCUGCACUGCCUGCGUCGCAACAACAUGCUCUUGUUCAGCACUGGGAAGCAGGACAAAAAAGUAGAGGACAACUGGGAGGGCUUGAUCGCUUCAGCAGUCGAGGCUUCGCUCAUUGUCUCAGCCACCUCAAGCUCCAGUGCUGGGAAUAACAGUGGCAGGGUCUGCACUAUCAGAGCAGACGUCAGCCUGGAGACCACCGUGCUGCCAGCCGCCUUGAAAGAGAUUGCACUGGCUGAGCUGGACCGGAUCACGCUGCAGAAGCAGAUGGUUUUGAAGUUUGCAGCCAUCAUAGGGCCAGUGUUUACCACCCAGCUGCUGGCUCACAUCCUUCCCACUUGUACCAGGCAGCACAUGAAUUAUUGGUUGGACGGGCUGGUGAGCGACAACAUCCUUAAGUGGCUGAAGGACACAGGGGUGCCCAGAGACAUCCAAGAUGCUCGAGAGGGGCCGGCCACCUCUCAGCAGGCAGGGAGCGGGGUGGAGAGGCCGUCUACAAGCAAGGAGACCACGGAGCAGCAGGCUGGCGUUCUGGCCUUCUGUGCCCCACUGCUGCAGGAGGCAGCCUACGAGCUGUGGCCCAAGAGACAGAGGGCCAGCACGCAGUGCAAGUGUGCUGCCUUCCUGGAGAAGCACGCGCACAAAUGCCAGAGCUGCCAAGGAGGGGACUUUGUGGCCUUCCACCGCUUCACCGUCCCCAGUCCCCAGGACAGGGAAAACUGCCAGGGCUCUGCUGCCGAGGAUGACUGGCACAGCUGGGAGGCCUUGGUGCUCGCUGGAGAACAGCUGAAGAAGGACAGGACUCACAUCCCUGAAGGUAGUGCAAAUGCCCUGCAGCCGCAGCAGGCUUUCUCGGAGGAGGAGUUCAGAGCGUCAGAGCUUUUUCCACCAGAGGGCAAAUGGACAACUGCGCAGCCCAGCAGGACCAAAGAGAAGGACAGUGGAAAGUGUUCCUGCAAAUGCGAAGCCGUCAUUGAAUCAGUGCUUGUGCCUUUGGCUCGCCACUAUGUGGCAACAGGCAAUGCUUCCCGAGCCUUCUACUACCUGCUGGAGUGUGCGGCUGGCUACCUGCACGUCUCCAACAGCUACAUGGCCCUUAUGAAGCUCAGCGAAGCAGAGGUCCUGAGGAACUCCAUGGGGAAGACAGCAACUGUGUUAGACUGCUUUGAGAAGGCGACCUUCUUCAGCCUCAAAGCGGAGGAGGAAGAAGCUAGCCUGGAUGCUUCAGCAGACCCGCUGCCUCUCCUUACUGGGGCGCCUCUACAGCCUGGAGGGCACAUCAGGAGGACGGAGCUUCUCCCGCCCGGCAGCUCGCAUGAAAGCCAACGUGGACAGGAGAAUGGACUCCUUAAAGGAAGAAGACUCCCACCCCAACAACUGCCUUUCCAUCCCUGCUUUUCUCAGUGUGUCUUAGUAAAACAUCUGUUCUCGUAUGGUGGUGGUUGUCAGGCCUUGCCAGGGAAGGUUCAGUUUGGAAAGAAGAAGCAAGUUCUCAGAAAAGGAGAGCUUGCUCCCCCAGCAAGAGGUGCGGGGCACUGAAGCAGGCCCGUCAGCACAAGCUGCCUUACCAGGGAGGCGGUCUAAAGGCUCCCUCGGAACCUGUGUGGGCACCUGGAGAGAUACAGCAUGGGCAGGAUGGGACGUUGGAAGCUGCCAUAGUGCAGAGCGAGCAGAGGAGGGGAGGGCCACGGUGGGGGGGGGGUGCUCCAGAGUCCCUGCAGGGUCAGGUGGGCUGCUCCGUCCCGAGGCGUGCUGGGAGCUGUAGUUCUGCGGUGCCAGGCGGCCACAUGGGCUCCGGGGUGCCGGCCCAGGUCCUUGCUGCGCUUGAUCGUUGGGCUGCUUCUCGUUGUGAAACAUGGGAUUAGAAAUUAGAGAGCAAUGGACUAAGAAUGAAUAUGUAGGCAACACUCCUUGCUUAAUAUGUGCUACUGAGAUGGGGAAGAUGCUAAAACUUCUCCAAAUAAAUAUUUACAGAAUCACAGAAUUUGUAGGUUGGAAGAGACUUCAAGAUCAUCGAGUCCAACCUCUGACCUAACGCUAACAGUCCUCCGCUAAACCAUACCCC